AUGGCGUCGAGGGGCUCGGUCGUCGCCCGAGACAACAAGGACCGCAUUGCAGCUUUGGGGACUAGGAGCUACAAUGAAAAGUUUGUUACUGAGUCCCAAAGAGGUAAAAUGAAGCUGAAAAUCACAGUUGGAAUUCGGAAUGUGAGGUCACUGUGGCAAGCUGGAAUAUAUGCGAUGCUGAAAAAAGAACUUGAGAGGUUUAGAUAUGAUGUGGUUGGUUUGUGUGAAGUUAGAUGGACAGGAAGUGGAGAAUUGGAGAAAGGAAAACGGUUAUGGUCAGGCACAGAAACCGAGCAUAUUCAUGGAGUGGGAAUGAUUCUUGGAGAGAAAGCAAGAAGAGCAUUAAUUGAAUACAAUCCCGUAAAUGACAGGUUGAUGUAUGCCAGAUUCAAAGAAUAUCCAAGAGAUAUUAUUGUGAUAAUUGCUUAUGCUCCAACAACAAAUCAUUUGGAUGAUGAAGUUGAAACGUUCUACGAACAACUGGAACAAACAUUGAAAACAUUGCCAAAAAAAGAUGUUAAGAUCAUUGUUAGGGACUGGAAUGCUAAAAUUGGAAGUGAGAACAUUGGAUUUGGAGAAGUUAUGGGAAAAUACGGUGUAGGAGACAGAAAUGACAGAGGGGAAAGGUUACUAGAGUUUGUGAAGGACCGACGAUUGUAUAUCACAAACAUAAAGUGGCAAAACAACAACAAAUGUACUUGA